AUGUCAAAGAGGAAGAAGUCCUGUCAAGGUUGCGGAUUCGAGUUCUUCGAUAUCAAGAUACAUCGUUGCUUAAAAAGAACAGCACAGAAAAGAAGGAAUAAACGAUUACAGGUCAACAAUAACAACAAUCAUUUUGAACAACAUCAACAGCAAGUCAACAAUGACAAUGAAUAUGAUAAUCAUGAUCAAGAUAUCGAUGAUGCUGUAGUGUUCUCCUCUCCCUACAGAGCCCUACAAGAAAGAAAUACCAUCAAGAUUGUCAUCCCACUCAACUGCUGGAUAGAAUGCAAACAAAAGAAAUAG